AUGACCUGGGCGGUGGACGAAAGGGUCCGCUACGCUUUCGACGACAGCAAGCUGGUGGAGAAGACGUCGCGCUCGCGCGGCUCUUACCUCCGUGUUCACUUCAAGAACACCCGCGAGACAGCGGCCGCCGUCUCGGGCAUGAAGCUGCAGAAGGCCUUCGCCUACCUGCAGAACGUCCAGGAGCGGAAGCAGUGCAUCCCCUUCAGGAGGUUCAACGGCGGUGUGGGCAGGACGCAGCAGGCUUCGGAGUUCAAGACUACUCAGGGACGAUGGCCCGUCAAGUCGGUCAAGUUCCUCUUGAACCUGCUCAAGAACGCUGAGGCCAACGCCGAGGCCAAGGGACUCGAGACCGAGGAGCUCCUCAUCAAGAACAUCUGCAUCAACCAGGCGCCCAAGACCCGCCGUCGCACAUACCGUGCCCACGGUCGCAUCAACCCCUACCAGGGCCACCCUUGCCACAUCGAGAUCCACCUCGCCGAGCCCGCCGCCGAGGUGCCCAAGGGAGACUCGUCCGCCCUGCAGCCCCGCCUCAACAGACGCCAACUCGCUCAGAGGCGCUCUAUCGCCGCCCGCAGCACCACCACUGCCUAA